CUCCGACCGAGAGGGUCUCAUGCGCGCUUUUGACCUAGAGCAGUCAGGUGAAUACGGGUUGAACGAUCUCACCGAGGGUAGCGAAGAUGAGUCCCCAUCGACGGGUCAGAACGGCUCCCGAUACCACGCUCCCAAAAAUCACGAGUCGAUUGAAUUACAAAAUCGGAAGUCGGCUGAGCGAUGAGAGAGCACGUAUCGGCAUCAUUUAAAUCGUCCUCCGCAUCUCAUCUGUGACUGUAUUGUAUACUUUUUUUUCCCCUUUAGUCCCGUCGCAACUCCAUCUGUCCGAGAAAUCCAACGCGACAUUCCACAGAUGGACACGAUUAAUAUCAUAAGUUUUAUGUUGCAUAUUCCGGACCGGAGCCUAGGGCGUGGAACGGAAAUGUACCACCACCCCUCCCUUGUUUACGACGAGAAGGAGAUGGGAGCAUUGGGCUUACCAAGGAACCACAAAGGAGGUAAUAUCCUGCUAUUUGUGAGGUUCCUGUGUCGGGGGGGGCAAAAUCUGUUUUCCCCCGACCGCGGCGUUCUGGGGAACAAGGGGCACUUUUUGGCAGAAGGGGGGAACCUUCUUGCGGCAGAUUUCGGCGUCGGGUGCGGGAUGGGAUCCCGGGGUUCAUGGAGGGAGGGAAGCGAGAGAAAGCGUGGACGCGAAAACGGUAGCGAGCUACCUGCUGGUCCGAAUUUUCUACCUCUCGGACCACUUCUUUUUUUGCGUGCUUGUUUUUUUCUCGCCUGUACGAUUAUUACCAUGCUCAGGGUGUGGCAGAAGAGAAAGCUCUAUACGUCGAUCGACAGAGCAUACAAGACUUUCCCAUCCCCUUUCCACCUCUCCUUCCGGCACGCACGUGCGCACACGCGGACGUACGGCGGAGAAGAAGAGAGCCAGCCGUCUCAAUAGGAUAGAUGGACGAACGGACGGAUAUAUGGGUACGCGAGUGGGCG